AUGGCCGACCUCUCACUUGGUCCGUUGAGGAUUGCGAAUCCCGAUGAUGCCUCACCGGACACACCAUUACAACCUCAGCCGCCCGCAUCGCAGUUCUCCCGGGUAUCGCCUUUGGUCGACACCGAUGGGAAGACAGACUAUAUCUCCGCCACCCCACAGCGCUCUCACAGCCCGGUAUCCCCAAUGGAGUCCGUGAACGGCCCCGAAGACCUCCCAUCCCACGCGGUUUCUGCCUCGUCCAUCCCAUCAGUCCCCUCGUCUGCGCCUCAGGCCACUUUCACCCAGAACAAUACAUCGGCAGAGCGGCUCGCCCAGCGACAAAACAUCCCCUAUAGCUAUCAAGAUCAGCAACAAGCACAGUUCCCCCAAUACCCUACCAUGAUGCCUCAGAACCUCCACGACCCCAGGUCGAACGCCUCACGUCCGGGUUCCGCAUAUUACACCCAGUUGCCGGUCAAUGGUGCAGCUGCAAAUGGAGUCUCGCGGCAAGGAUCGUACAGAAUUCGCAAUGAUGGUUCAGCCUCAACGGGGUUUCCGCAACGGACAUCUUCGAAGCGCUCGGGGUUCGGAGAUGUUGCUGGGGUGCCCUCAAGAGACGAUAGCCACACCGAGAGAGCAUAUGGUCAAGGACAAUAUACUUUAGGCAACGGGCCCCUACCUCCGCGAAGAGCUUCUCGAGGCGUGGCGGGCUCCCGCAUGGGAACCACACCCACCGGCACUACACCACUCUCAACCACCCCCAAGUCUAACCAGACAGCCUUAUCAACAUCGCCGUACAAUAUGGAAGAUCGACCCUUGACCAGUGCAGAGGAGUGGCAAGAGCGCGGAGCUGCCGUCGGUCUCAAGAAGGAGAUUGGCGCUGAUGGCACAGUGGCGUACAAACCGGUCAAAAAGGGUGUGAGGGACUUUAACUUUGGGCAGACUCUCGGAGAGGGCUCUUACAGCACCGUCCUCGCCGCUACGGAUCGAGCCAGUGGAAGACAGUAUGCCAUCAAGGUGCUGGACAAGCGGCACAUCAUCAAAGAAAAGAAGGUCAAAUACGUUAAUAUCGAGAAAGACACUCUGAACCGCUUGACAGACCACCCCGGUGUUGUGAGACUCUACUACACCUUCCAAGAUGAGCGAUCUCUAUAUUUCGUCCUGGAUCUGUGUCCCGGCGGGGAGUUGCUUGGAGUCCUGAAACGCAUGUCAACCUUUGAUGAAGAAUGUACUCGCUUCUAUGGUGCGCAAAUACUGGACACAAUCGAGUACAUGCAUGGUCGAGGUGUCAUACAUCGCGAUCUGAAGCCCGAAAAUCUUUUGUUGGACGAGAACAUGCAUAUCAAGGUGACCGAUUUCGGAACGGCCAAGUUGCUUCCGGAAAGGCGAAACACGGAUGGCAGAGUUGAUUUCGAACCCGAUUCCACCUCGACCGAGAACAGGGCCAACUCCUUUGUGGGAACUGCAGAAUAUGUGAGCCCCGAGCUAUUGACCGACAAAAACGCAUGCAAAGCGAGUGAUAUGUGGGCAUUUGGUUGCAUCAUCUAUCAACUAUUGGCUGGGCGGCCACCUUUCAAGGCUGUCAAUGAUUAUCAGACCUUCCAGAAAAUCGUUGCGCUCGACUACGAGUUCCCCAGGGGUUUCCCUGAAGUCGCUCGAGAUCUGGUUGAGCGACUCCUGGUUCUUGACCCCCAAAGACGGUUAUCACUGGAGCAUGCAAAGAACCACCCUUUCUUUACCGGAGUUCGCUGGGGUCGCGACUUGUGGAAGCAGAAGGCACCACGCUUAAAACCAUAUGUUCCUCCCGCAGCACCUCCCAUAAAACUUAAUGGAAACGGUGCGCAAGACAGCUUUCCGCCUGACGUUGUCUCGGGUCACAGCACACAUCCGACCAUGCUUCCUCCUCCCAAUCAAAAGCCGCAGCCGAGAGUGGUUACAGAACUCCCGCCCCCGAGCCAACUUGAUAUUGAAUGGUCUCCUGUACUCACGAGAAAUAACGAGAGAAUCCUCAAACUGGGCAAUCUAAAUGUGUUGUCAACACCCAACCCCCACAGCCCGCACAGCAACGAGGGUGGAGGGAAAUUGUCAAGGUUGUUUGGAGGCAGCACCAACAAGAAACGGCAAAGACUUGUCAUGGUCACGUCAAGUGCACGGAUCAUUAUUGCUGCGGCCGGUGGAGAGGAGAAGAAGUCAAAGUCGGAAAUCUCACUGCUAUCGCCAGGGACCGAAUAUUCCAGCGCGACAGAUUCCAAGGGAGUAACCCAAUGGAUUGUCGAUACUAAAGACCGACACUACGUUUUCGAGGACCUCAAGCCACCGUCUGGCGAAGCGUUCUCAACGGCGGUUGCGGCGCAGGAAUGGCUGGAAGCAUUGGCACGAGCACGAGAGAUUGCGUUGUCGCUGCAGCUGCAAAAUACCAACAACACGUACUCCAACGACGACGACGCUCUCAAUAUCUCGUCCUCGGCAUUGUCUAGCCAUGCUAGCACGAUUGACCAAGCGACGGAUCUCAGUCCUCAUAACGUGAAUCAAUCCCAUUCUGGCCGUGGAAUUCUACACAAGCAACAUUCGGGCGGCGAUGCAGAAUCGCUCAAAGGGAGAAAACGAUUCAGCAAACGGCAGUCCAAAAGCGGACUGACUGCAGUCUUCUAG